AUGGUCAAUGCAUGGUUUGCUGAGAGAGUUCACACCAUCCCUGUGUGCAAGGAAGGCGUCAGAGGCCACACGGAAGCUUGCUCUUGCCCCUCGCAGCAGAGUCCCUGUGCAGAAAGCAGCGUCCCUGGAACACCAACCAGGAAAAUCUCCGCCUCCGAAUUUGAUCGGCCUCUUAGACCCAUUGUCGUCAAGGAUUCUGAGGGAACUGUGAGCUUCCUCUCUGACUCAGAAAAGAAGGAACAGAUGCCUCUAACCCCCCCAAGGUUUGAUAAUGAUGAAGGGGACCAGUGCUCAAGACUCUUGGAAUUAGUGAAAGAUAUUUCUAGUCACUUGGAUGUCACAGCCUUAUGUCACAAAAUUUUCUUGCACAUCCAUGGACUCAUCUCCACUGACCGCUAUUCCCUGUUCCUUGUCUGUGAGGACAGCUCCAACGACAAGUUUCUUAUCAGCCGCCUCUUUGAUGUUGCAGAAGGUUCAACACUGGAAGAAGCUUCAAAUAACUGUAUCCGCUUAGAGUGGAACAAAGGCAUCGUGGGACAUGUGGCUGCUCUUGGUGAGCCCUUGAACAUCAAAGAUGCAUAUGAGGUACUCAAGGGAUUGGGUGAUGCCCACUGCGUUGAUGAAGAUCUUCUUUACUCAUUCUCGUGA